AUGGGUGAUUGGAGCUUUUUGGGGAACAUCUUGGAAGAAGUGAAUGAACACUCAACAGUGAUAGGGAGAGUAUGGCUGACGGUUCUUUUUAUUUUCCGUAUCCUGAUCCUGGGCACUGCAGCAGAGUUUGUUUGGGGAGAUGAACAGUCGGACUUUGUGUGCAACACCCAGCAGCCAGGUUGUGAGAAUGUCUGCUAUGAUGAAGCUUUCCCCCUGUCGCACAUUAGGCUCUGGGUUCUCCAAAUCAUCUUUGUCUCCACUCCAUCACUUGUGUAUGUUGGCCAUGCUGUGCAUCAUGUCCGAAUGGAGGAGAAGAGAAAGGAGAAGGAGGAAGCAGAAUUGAACCGUCAGCAGGAAGCGAAUGAAGAAAGGUUGCCACUAGCUUCUGAUGAAGGUAGUGUAAGGACAGCUAAAGAAACCAGUGCAAAAGGGACCAAAAAGUUCAGAUUGGAAGGAACAUUGCUGAGGACAUACAUCUGCCACAUUAUCUUCAAAACCCUCUUUGAAGUUGGGUUUGUGGUUGGUCAGUAUUUUCUGUAUGGCUUCCACAUCCCUCCCCUGUACCAAUGUAGCCGAUGGCCCUGCCCUAAUGUUGUGGACUGUUUUGUGUCCAGACCAACUGAAAAAACAAUCUUCAUUAUGUUUAUGCUGGCUGUGGCAAUUGUCUCCCUCUUUCUAAAUCUUGUGGAAAUUAGCCACUUGGGAUGGAGAAAAAUCCGGUUUGCCUUCCCCAGCUCUAGGUCACAACAGGGGGAACUGCCAUCUGAGAAACCAUUCCAUUCUGUUACCGUGUCGACUAUCCAGAAAGCAAAGGGUUACAAACUGCUGGAAGAAGACAAACCUGUCUCCCAUUUUUACCCUCUUACAGAUGUAGGUGUGGAAGUAACCCCCCUUCCAGCACCAUAUACCAGCUAUGAAGACAAAAACAAUGACACGAUUCCAUCAGAGCAUGUGACUAAGGCUUAUGAAGACACAUUGCCAUCUUAUGUUCAGGCUGAGGGGCAAGAAGCAGAGAAGAUGGAGAGUCUCGCAACAACAGGAGAAACACUUGUGGACACAAGACCCCUGAGCAGGCUAAGUAAAACAAGCAGUAGGGCGCGGUCUGAUGACUUAACUAUAUGA